UGUUGUUGUCAUCGAAGGUGAUUGUACGCCAAUGGCCACAGAUUUUCACGCCUGGAAAGAAGUGACUCCUCAUAUAACACUCUCACGUCGAAGGGAAGUUUAUUUAAGAUAAGAUAAAACCAAGGAGCCGCAUGAAGACUGGGACCUGGGACCGUCCGGACCCUGAGAUGCGUCUGUUCCAGCAGAGCCAGCUGUGCGUCGGCACCGAGUUCCUCAGUCCCCCGGUGACAUCUGCACGGAUGACUCGAUGAUCCAAACACUGAAAAACACUUUCUCAGAGACACUAUUGAUAACCUCGCAGCCAUGUCUGUCUCAACGGUUUUGGCAAAGGCGCUAUUUGACAACACAGCAGAAAGCCCAGAAGAACUGGCUUUCCGAAAGGGUGACAUCCUAAUGGUUCUUGAACAGGAGAAGGGCGGUGGGCCGGGUUGGUGGCUUUGCUCCCUGCACGGCAGACAGGGCAUUGCCCCUGCCAACCGCCUUCGACUUUUGCAGACGGCCCCACCUCCGGGUUCAGAUCCUCGCACUGGCCCCCAUGAAGACUCGGUGUACCUGUCACCUGGUCUACCUCUGGCCCGGACUGCUGUGAGCAGCAGUACAGACGAUAUAGAUGGAGUGUAUCGCUCCCCACCAGUUGCAGGUGAGGGGCGUGGAGCGGGAGCUGCUUCACGGACAGGGGAGUUACGCCGGGGGGAUGGGAGCCGGCCACGCUCACACUCUAGCUCUGGCACUCGGCCCAGACCUGAUUGGGAUAUUGGAGUGGCAGGACGUCCACGCUCACCUUCUCUAAGAGGACGGGGCUCGGAAAUGACAGGAAAUCUUUAUCAGACCCCAGUAAGCCCUAUCCCCUCCGCAGCCCAGCAUGGCAGGCAGCCAGGAGUUCUUAUGGCUGCAGAGUCUGUGUACCUUUCCCCCAGUGGAGUGCCGAGAGCCACUGACGAACCGGAAGACACUACAUAUCUCGUACCAACACUAACAACGGGACACUCGGAUGACUGUUACUUGGUGCCCAAAGGAACUCCUCUCGCAAGUGAUGAUGUUUAUCAAUCCCCAACCGGCGGAGCUGUGGCCAAUGCUCACUUCUCUAACAGCCCCGCUAUUAUCAAUGGAACCCCCCAGCCCAAAGGGAACCAAAGCGACGCUCCUGGGAUGUAUCAAACACCCACCCCUGUGGGAGCAGGCAUGCAUAAGACGCCAGCUACAGUUCUGGCCCACCAACACCCAUCUCACUUAACCCCUGCCCAAGCAUCUCCUCGACCCCUGCCUAAAGGAGUCCUGCCCAACACUGCUGUUGCCAGGGGAAAAGCCGGCCUGGCUGGUCACAGGGGUUCCCCUUUGUUGAUCAGAGCAGGGCAAGUCAGAGCCCCGGGAUCACCAAAUCUUCUCCGUAAGCCUCCUCCACCAGCGCCUCCAGUGAGAGGAGUCACGAGGAAAGAUGCACAGCAAUCAGCGCUGUCAUCAGCUGACUCCAAUUCUUUCCCCAAACUUACCCCUCAGAUGACCUCGGCAAACCUGCAACAACAAGAAGAUAAACAGAGCAAAGGAGAAAAGAUGAGCAACGGCCUUGGGAAAGGCGGUAAUGAGCAGAACAAAAAGGGAGAAAAUCUGGAUCACUCUGACGUUGGAAAUGACCAGGUGUAUGAUACCCCUCCCACUGGCAGGUGGAAGCAGCCGAUCCAAUCUGCCCUUAAAGAAGACGACGGUAUCUACGACACCCCUCGCAGUGUCCCGCCACAAGCUGACUCUGAGACAGAGGUAUACGAUGUCCCCACGAUCACCCUGAACAUGUCCACAUCAGGUGUCCAGGGUGAGGAGGUUGAGGAAGAGGUCUACAGUGUCCCUACACUUCCAGGUGUGCCUUUGGGUCCAGCAGAGUCCACCAGCAACCUCUCCAGUGAGGAAGCUGCCCAGGUCUGUUGCAUCUCCGGAUCUGAGAAACGAGCCAGCAACGGAGAUCAAAAGCGGGACUCCUCUGAGCCGGACUGUGGCAUCUAUGACAUGCCCGCUCUGACUGUUGAAAUCCUCCCCCACUCCUCUUCAUCCUCCUCGACCUCCACUCGCCGCCUCUCGGUUUCCAGUAACGGCUCAGGCGACGUGCAGUGGAGAGCCUCCCUUUCCAACCUCGUCCACUCGUUGCUGAACACGGCAUCCACUCUGUCGUCACGGGACCUGGCUACCUCGUUGGCUGAGGUCCUGUCUACCUGGAAAGCCAGUCAUUCUGGUGAUCCUCCGCCACCGCUUCAGCAGGCCUGGGCUCGUCUGUCAGACCUGCUCCCUGCAUUGUCUGCCAUUGGUAAUGCUCCUUCGUCUGAAGGGCUGUUGUCGCUUGUCCAGCGCUCUCUCGAGGAGAGUGCCCUCCUCUUACAAGCCCAGGGCCGGCCUCGUCUGCCUUCCCAAGAAUCCCUAUCACGCAGGCCUUUGCCAGCCCUCCCAGUGCCUGAUGGGAAGUCUGGUGGUGGAAUGGGCUCCCGUAAAGGUAGCUGGAUCCAGGAGAGACCCUUGCCCCCAACCCCCCAGCCUGCCUUUAACAUGCCUUCCACUCCAGCCAACGUGACUCUCACUGUGGGUCCGGUUAACGGAGAAGACGAUCCCAGCAAUGAGUAUGCAGGGAUUGGCCUGACACCGAUCCCAGCUCCGCUACCGACUGGAGACAGUGUUGGCUAUGUCAAGCUGCAGGGUAAACCAGAUCCGUCUUCAGAUGCCUUCACCGAGAACGGACAGACACUAACCAUCACUGCAGAGCCAAGGUUGACUCCAUCCCCCCCUCUGCCAAUGUCCCUCUCCCUGGAGGACUCGGAGCUGCUGUCCUUUUACUCCUCUCAGAGCCUCGCCCACCUCUCCUGCCUGGCAGAUGCCAUCGAUGUGCUCUUCAGCAGCGUGCAGGGGAACCAGCCACCUCGCAUAUUUGUUGCCAGAGGAAAAAGUCUCAUCGUGACUGCACAUAAACUGGUAUUCAUCGGGGACACGUUGUCUCGUCUCCUCACGUCUGCCGAUCUCCGGGCCAAAAUCACUACCUCUGGGGGAAGACUAUGCCAAGCCUUGAAGGCAGUUGUCGUGGCAACAAAAGGCGCUGCACAGAACUACCCAUCGGUAUCUGCCACCCAGGAAAUGGUGGACCGUGUGGCUGAGCUCUCCCAGCAAGCAGCUGGUUUCUCCACUCUGCUCCAGCGUCUGGCAGAAAUAUCCUCAUGAUAUUUCAUAUAAUUUGUGUAAAAACUUUCUCUGCACUACACCGACAUUUUCUCUUUUUGAAAUGCCUUAUUUGUCAUCACACUCUUUGGUUUUCUUGCAUUUGAUUGGAAUUGAAGCUGAAUCCUGCAAGAAGUGUCACUCAGCUGGAGUUUAUCCUGCAAGUGUGUUUUUUUUUUUUUUUUUUUUUUUUGGCCUUUGUUCCUGCAAAGAACUUUUUGCUUUGAUGCCAGGCACACUUUUACUAUUUUUUUUUUAAAUGUUAACUUAUUGAAUAUUUGAAACCCCUCUGUGGUUUAAGUGUCCAUGUGGACUGCUUAUUUUGGGAGCUUUGCUUUAAUAUUCUUGCCAUGUUUCCUUUUCCCUCACAUGAGAGCCAUUUUUCUUCCUUCCCCUAUUUAUUUAGCCAACCCCUUGUUCCAUAAAUAGAUCAGGAGCAGCCCGUACAUCCUGGUUCUGACUUACUUUUCACAGUGAUACUUAAAAGGCCUUUUGUUGUUAUCAUUCGGAAGAUGAUGAAGCAGCAUGUUAAGAACUUUGUCCUUUUUAUAAGAGACAUUAAAUAGCAAGUGAAGUGCUUUAAGAAAUAACCCAGAAUUCCAUCUUUAUCCGUGCAAUUAUGUGUUGCUUGUGUGCUGACCAUUUAUAAUAGAGAGCAAAUAUUACUUGUCAUUUUGCCUCCAGUUCCCUCAGUUUUUCAUGACGUCUCUCAACACAUUCUUCAGUUUACCGUUAUGCAAUCUCAUACAUGUCAUCACUGGAUACAAUCUUAUCCUCUGAGAAGCAGAGGAUAUAUCUAAUGGAAGGGCAGGGAGUGACUAAUGAUGCUAUGGGUGAAAAAUUGCCCAAGCGUGUUCUUUCCCACAGCCAGAUACUAGUCUUGUGACGGAUAAGAAACCUGUUGACCAAGUUCACCUGUCUCCACAUGUCUUGUUCUGACUUGCACCGUUACAUCUCUUCUACUUUGUUUGCUUGUUUGUCUUCCUUUCCCUCCAAAUGCCUGUCAGUGAUACUUGCUCACUUCUACUCUGGUACCUUGAAGUUGUUAACUGUGUUGUGAAGGUGUACAAUGGAAAUUAAGGCUGGGUAGUACAUACAGAAAUUAUUAUUUUUGUUAAGGAUAAAAGUAAUCAUUUUACUUCUUAAGUUCUGUACUACUUACAUCAGGUUGCUGCUGCUAGUAAUCAGUUAGCCCAUCCCGAGUAAAACCUAAACAAUGAGGAACAGUCCACACUACAUAUUUUACACUACACGUCUUAAUCCACCUUUUCCUACGUGAUUAAGUUGGAUUAUAUGGAUUAAAUGUUGGAAUUUUGUCAUUCAUAUAACUUAGCCAGACUGCACAUUUAAACACCAAGACAUCUCAUGAAUAUGCUCCUAUUGGUGCAUUUGAGUUGUUUGUUCUAUGGGAAAUAUUGUUUCUUUGCCUUUUGCUUUUCUCCAGAGCCACCUUCUGGAAGUUUGAAGUAUUACCGAUUACUUAAGGAAUACCUGUCUAUUAAGACAGGCUCAGUGUAUGUGGAUGCACAUGAUCAGCAAGUAACUCUGAGAAAAGUAUUUAUUGUGAACAUUUUUGUUCUUUGCUUUUCCAUUUGCAUGGCUUUCAUUUGUUUAAACUUUUUACAUGAACAUCCUUCACAAGGGAGAUGUCAUUAGAUGAUUUACAAUGAUCAAAAUGUUCUUUUAUACAUUUGACAUUGCAUCUCAAAUAUAAGGCUGAUUUCUUUUGUAAAUUGACUAUUCUUUUUUACACUACGUGAACACAUUUGAGUCUCUCAUGUAUAUUUUCUGACAUAUGGAAGUGAACCUCGGACUUCUCUUACAGUAAUUACAACCUAAUCCCUCUUACUUUGAGCUCUACAUUUGAUGUUUGUCUUGUAUUCCUGCUCAGAAUGCAAAAAUACAUCUGUUACAAAGAAGCACACGUUUGCUUAAGGGAAUAUUGAUAUUCACAUGUGUUUGUACUGUAUUUUUUAUCCAUGUUCGAUAAAUAAUGUAAUUUAUUGAUCUCCCUGGAUCAGUGAAUGCAUAUUUUCUUUUAGCAACACAAAUUGUUACUGGUUUAGUUUUUUGUUUGUUUAUUUGUUGGUUUUUUCCCUGAAGAAGACAAAAGUGCGAAUAAAACACUUCUG